AUGGCUGAGGGCAGCGUCGCCGGGAUGGCGGAAAGACAGAUUAUGAACCAGGAUGCCAUGGGGAGGGCGCUUUCGCGCAUCGCCCACGAGAUCUUGGAACGCAAUCGUGGCGCCGGAGACCUGCUGUUGGUCGGCAUUCAACGACGCGGGGUGCCCCUGGCACAGCGGUUGUCCGCAAGAGUGCACGAAUUCGAGGGCGCAACGGUCCCCGUCGGGUCCCUGGACAUCAACCUCUACCGAGACGACCUGCGUGAGCGCAACGCCCAAGAGUGCGGGUGCACCGCACCGAGCUGCCGAUGA